AAGGGUUCGCGUCAGUCUACACCGAACUCCAACCACGGAAACAAGUGGCCUGUAGUUGGUAGUACGUUACUCUUGUUUACUGUUUACAACGGGUUCAUUCAAACCUUUCACUACCUUUCCCACAUCGGUCCCGAAGAUUCGACCAUAAGUGAUUUCAACGGUAUUGCAUCGCACUCUAUUGUUGCCCAGCUGUGCCACUGAAGGUGAGCAGAAAGAUAAAAGGAUCAGAUCAGGAUCAGGAUCAGGAUGGUGAGAGGUGGCGGUACGCGAUCAGAGCAGGGCCUAUCUGCGCAGGACAAGGCCGAAUUGGUGCUGCUUCACGCAUCAGGCCUGACCGGCAGUCAAACGGCCCUCGAGUUCCACACUCGGCACCCUGACAAGCCGCUUCCUGACCGCUCGACGGUCGGAACUCUCCACGACAAGUUCAGACGUACCGGCUCCGUGUCCAGUCGAACCAGAAUCAUGUCGGCGUUCAAGUCUCGACUGGGCGUGUCGGAGGUGACUGACAACAAGAGCAACCUGGGCCGCGCUCUGGUGGCUGAGAUGGUCGGCAACUUUGUGCUCAACUUCUUCGGCUGCCUGUCAGUGCUCGACCUCAACCAGGCGGCCAACUCCAAUGCGGCGCCCAACAUUGUUGUCAUCGCCCUCUCCUUUGGGCUGGCCAUCAUGGCUUGUGUGCAGUCAUUGGGUCACGUGAGUGGUGCACACAUCAAUCCAGCUGUGACGUUUGGCUUCAUGGUGACUGGAAAAGUGACUAUUAUCAGAGCACUGCUUUACAUCGUCGCACAAUGCCUUGGAGCCAUCGGUGGAUCUGCUGCACUCAAGGCCCUGACACCUCCCGCUUACGCAGAGAGUGGACUUGGCAUGACCACCAUCAACGAGGCGAGUGGCCUGACAGCCGUGCAGGGAUUCGGAAUCGAGUUCUUCCUCGGAUUCAUCCUGGUUCUGGUAGUCUUUGGAGUCUGCGACCCCAACAAGGCUGACCUCAAAGCGCCGGCUGCUGUUAUCAUUGGACUUACUGUUGCUCUUGGACAUCUUGGUGCU